UAGUACGGAUAUCAAAACGGGAAACAAAUUUAAUUUUUCUACGUUUACAUUUCUCAACAGAUUUUGUAAAUUUUUCAAAAACCUAUUCUCAAAAAAUCGAUGUUAAGUAGGCGCAUACUAAUAAUUGUCAACUAACCUAACGUUAUUCCUCACUCCAAAAACAAACUCUGUUCGGUGCGGUCAUUUUUAUUAGUAAAAAAGAUUUUGAUAAAAUUGUCUAAGCCAGAAUGCUGAUCGUCGAAAUGAACCCUUUGGAGAGAGCACUAAUGAAGUGCUCGUCGAUUAUUCGCAAGUGGGUGAAUAAUUCCCUGAAGUCGAACAUUCAGUGCAUCGAGGAACUGUCAUCCGGAGCCGUCUACUGUCAGUUUAUCGACAUGGUCUUCGAGGGAGCUAUGCCACUCGAUGAUGUCAUCUUCGCUACUAAUAAAAUAUCGGACUUCAGGAAGAACUUUAUUAUACUAAGGAAAUGUAUAGAUAAGCUCAAAAUUCCGCUGCUGGUUCCCAUCGAGGACCUUGUUUGGUGUGACUUCGAUGCCAAUAUAAAUUUUGCCGCAAAUUUUUACUAUGCUUUCCAGGAGUUUAGCGCCAGCAACCCAGAACGGGUUAAAGACUACAACCCACUGGCUGCACGGAAGUACCAGAACUUCUCCAUGAAGGCACCGACCUAUGUCUCCCGUGGAACUGAUGUCCCGAAUCUCGAUGAGCUCGAUCCCCCAGUAAUGGAAGAAGGGAUGCUGAAAGAUGGCUAUAACCAGGAUAAUACAUAUCUCCAAGAAUGUCAUACAAGCAUCACGGUGGCUCGCGAUGGCCGCUUUUAUUUUGGGAACGAUAUAGAUCCCCUGGAGACCGAAGUCUAG